AUGACUAGUAAACAUCACAAUCAAUCAUCUCGUCGUCAUCCACUUAAACGUGUACGUUUAGACAAUGAAAAUCAAAGAUUUCUUACAUCUUCAAAUGGACGAAAUAAUAAAAAAUUUUGUCAUCAAUCUUCUGAAGAUUCGGCAUUUGUUGAAAUAGAAAAAUCAUCUGAUGAACGAGCAUAUGAUCUUUUUCAUAAAGAAUAUUUUUCUCUAUUUCGUCCGUAUUUUAAACAUUAUUCAAUUGUUAUACAAUUCAUUGAACAUUUAUGGUUAAAUAUGAUUGAAUCAUCUAAAGUAUCUUUUGUUAAAAAAAAACUUAAAGAACAUGGAGUUUGUGAUAUAUCAUCAAAAAGUUAUAAUGAUACUGAUACCUUUUCUAAUGAUGAAAAUGAUUCACAAAUAAAUAAAUCAAUAAAUGAAACAAAUCGAAAUAUUUCAACAUUAAAUGCAAAUAAUAAAUAUAGUCGAAGUUUUAUAAAUGAUCUUUUAUCGUAUUGUAAACAUUGGAUAACACCUCGAUUUAUUGAUAAAAAUUUAUCAUCAAAGAAGAUAACACCACUUCGUCGAUCAUCACGUAUUCGUCGAGCACCAAUCAAAUGUGUUUGUUCGACAUGUAUUACAACACGUGCUAAUGAAGAAGAUCCAUCUUCGACAUCAAUUAUCAAUAAUGAUCUACAACAAAAAACUUUUCGUCAAUUAAUUGAUCAUUAUCAUCAACUUGAUGAUCAGUAUGCUGAUAUAUCAAAUUUAUCUUUAUCGAUUACCAAUGAUAAUCAAGUGAAACUCAAUGAAACAAGUGAUAAUCAAAUACAAAUGCCAUUAUCUGAGAUCAUAGAAACACCAGCACAUGUAACAUCAUCACCACCAAUUAUUCCAAUGGUAUCAUUAGGCAGUCAUGAUCUUCCAUUACCAUUAUUAUCAAAUUCAUCAUGGAAUUUAUCAAUUGAUCCUGGAACAGUUUUCAAUGAAAAGAUUCCAUUAGUUAUGCCUGAAUCUUUAUCAACAACUGAACUUCCAAUACGACGUACCUAUGUUAUUUUGACUGAACUUGAUGAGCCAUUUUUUGGUCCUUAUCCGAUUGAAUUUACUAUAACAAUUUAA